AUGAAAAAAUCAUCGCACCUCUUCAGAAACCUCAAGCGUUACUUCCGAGGUAGUGCACAAGGUCUCUCGCAUUACCCGACCAAAGUCGCCUCAAGCCGCGCACCCUCCAUCACUGGUGGCGACACGAACAGCGGAAGCGAGCUCGACCUUGAGUACGUACCAGCCUCGAUCGACGAGGAUAUAUACGGAGACGAGGCCGCAAAUAUGCCCAAGUCUAACAAAUUCGAUUAUUCGAAGAAGAAGAACACAGGGGUAAGUCUCGGUCAAUUCAUCGCGAAGCAAUUGGACGGCGAGGCAGAUGCGGUGAAGCGGGCGGCAGAGAGAGCAGCAAGGAAGAGCAUCAGCAGCGUAGACGGCCCUGAUUCUGACACAUCGGUAACGCACCACAUCGACUUGAAGGUGCCUGGCAAGGAGCUCGGAGACAAUGGGUUGAGUGUGCUGUGUGACGGGCUUGAAGCGGCACUCGGCAAAGGCACUGCAGACGCUUCUCUGGCUCUGGAAGAUGUUGACCUUACUGCCAACGAUCUGACCACGACGGGCCUCGCUCGCUUCGCCCCUGUCAUACGCAACGCGAAAUUUGACAUCAAGAGUAUCGUACUUGCGCAUAAUGCAAUCACUGUUGAGAGUGAUCAGCAAGCUGGCGAAUGGGAGACGUUCUUGCGCUCUUUCGCGGACUGCCAGAAGCUAAGAAGACUUGACCUAAGCGGCAAUCCUGGCCUAGGUCGUCGGGCUAUGGAAGUCCUUGCAAUGGUCCAUGUUCGCGAGCCACAAGUUGAUCCUAUUCGUGCCAUUGGUGAGAGCGACGUGCAGUCACUGCACUCCACCACUGGUGACGACAGCCGCACACGGUCCGGCAGCCUCUCACUCGAAGUCAAUGGCGACACUGGACGACUACGGCACACGAUCUCAGAUGGGCGCACACUGACAAGACGCCGUGGACUGAGAUCGAUCCCGUUCAUCUCUCUGAAGGCAUGUAGCCUUAGCGAUGCAGGCGCACUGUGGCUCUCCUAUGUCAUCGAGGAUCACUAUUACCCUGUCCAGCUGGUCAGUGAGCUUAAUGCCGCCAUGGCCGAUUGUAGCAUUGAGGCUUACCGGCAGGAUAGCAAGGCUCAUGGUAUUGACUGGUUAGGUAAUGACGCCACCCUCACCAAGGAUGGUCUUUCACUCCUCAUCAAGACAGAGUCGGUACGGAAGCAGACGGUCUUAGACGAUCGUAGCACGCUCCCUGGGUCUAUCCCAGUCGAGACUUCUCCAGUGUCGGUCAGUCAAGGCAACGGCGUUCCCGCAGAGCGGAGGCUACCUCGUGCAGCACCAGGCAGCCGACGCGUCAGCCUAAAGUCGACGGUUUCUGCUGGAGAUGAUGAGCAAGGUCUCACUGAGCUCGACAGCUGGCGCAAGCGCAUCCAGCGCCAGAUGAUCGCGCACGACGAGGCAAAGAGCGCUGAUCUAUGGCAUGCGGCUCUGCGACUACUCCGUGUUUCCCGCUGUCUACGCAUGGCAGCUCCUACCACUUGCGUGAUCUACACCGGACCGAAGUUGUUCAUCUGCUCAACAGACAAGGUCAAGCCACUUACGAUCCGCAUCCUGAGCCCUGUGGCCCCGAUCAAAACAAGUAUGGGUGGACAAGCAGUCCAGCUGUCUAUCGAUCCUGCGAAAGCUCAAAGGAACUCUUAUGCUGGGACACUUGGCAGUCCGGAGGUUGCGCUUACUGAUGUUACCAAUACGCCCACCACGCCAAAGCGGGUAUUCAAAGCCCAUCGCAAGGACGCCUUCAGCCACGGCGCUGACUCUGACACUGUGACGGAGAAACUCUCUGGCCUGGCCAUACGGAUCGCCUCCGGUGCAGAGUACUUGCAUUACCAGGAGGACCGUAUGAAUAAACAAGGCGGGACUGCUUUCCGUGACAUGAGCAGUGUGUGCCACUUGCCGCAAGAGCUUCUGGGUCGCAUACUCGGUCUGGCUGUGGGAGAGAGAGAGAUGGCGCUGUUUUCGGAGUUGCAGAUGAAGGCAGUGGUGGGCUGGGGCAUGAGGAGGGAGACGUUGACCACAGGUUUGCAGGGCAAAGAUCUAAGUUUCAGAGCGUGGAUGUUGCUCGACAAGAUCAAGUGCAUCGAAUAUGCUGCGGAGUGA